GGAUUCUAAGAAAGGAGAGGAACCACCUCUAACACGAUACAGAGGAUCUUUCCAACCCGAAACAGCAAUUUUUGGCGCCUAAACUCUUAAAUGAAAUGGAUAAAUGCUCAGGAAAGGAAAAUAAUAUCUCAUCGGACGACAUAUUGAAAGCUUUAGAUCGUUUCGGUAAUGGCUCCAAAACUCCAAGCCCUGUUGGGGAAGACAGAGAUGAUCCUUCAGUGCUAGGAAGAUUGUCAUUUCUUGAAGAUCCUCUGGGUACACAAAGACUCAGUUUUAUUUCUGCUGAUGGAAGUGAAAUUGACUCAGAUUACAGCUCAGCCAGUUCAGUGGCUCAUUUGUCUGAGGAGCAGAAAACCUUAGAGAGAGAGUGGGAGGUUCUCUUUGGUUCAACUACAUAUUACACUAAGAUCAGACAACAUGCUUUGGAUGGCAAGCUUCGGUUGUGCAAGUUUAGGAGUAUUUGCUGGAAAGUUUUCUUGGAGUGUCUCCCUGAACGAAAGGAUGAAUGGAUAACAAAGACAGCUAAACUCAGAAAUGACUAUGCCAUGUUCAAGAACAAUUGCCUGUUUGAUCCAAAUAAGGAAAAGAAUGAGGACCUGGAUUUGUCAGUCUUUAAUCCUCUCUCACAAGAGGAAGCUAGCCCAUGGAAACAGUACUUUGUAGAUAAUGAAUUGAAGUCCACAAUCAAACAGGAUCUAGAUAGACUAUCUCCAGAAAUUGAGUUUUUCCAGCAGUCAAAAGUGAAGGAAAUGAUGCUUAACAUACUGUUUUGUCAUGCAAAAAAGAAUGAAGCUUUGAGCUAUAAGCAGGGAAUGCAUGAGCUUCUUGCACCAAUUGUGUAUGUCCUAACAAAAGAUGCGAUGAUCUAUCAGCAUAUUGAAGGUUCAAGCUUGGGGAUUGCCAAAGUUCUUAUGGACCCAAAAUACUUAGAGCAUGAUGCUUUUGCUCUGUUUGUUCAACUCAUGGACCAGACAGAAACUUGGUAUCUUCAGUUACCUGUGAAAGGACUUCCUGAGAGAAAUAAGUUUUUGGAUCCACAUGUUGAACCGUUCACAGAUCAAGAAAUCAUUCCAUCGACAGCCAUUGUAAAGAAACUGAAUCGAAUUCAAGAACACAUGCUGAGGAAACACGACCCUGAGUUGUGGGUUCACAUGAGGAACUUGGAAAUUACUCCACAAGUGUAUGGACUUCGCUGGAUUCGCCUACUUUUUGGACGUGAGUUUCCAAUGGAUGACGUUCUCGUGCUAUGGGAUGCUUUGUUCGCUGAUGGUCCCAUGUUGGACUUGGUAGAUUAUAUUUACAUUAGCAUGCUCAAAGCCAUUAGAAAAAAACUGCUUUCAGGAAGUUACACGGUUUGUAUGGGUUACCUGAUGAAGUUCCCACGUGUCUACGAUGACGUGUACCAUUACGUCAAGGCGGCGUUAGCGAUGAGAGAGAACAAGGCGUCAUCUACUCAGUCCAGUCCCGGCAUGUCAGGUCCGUCUGCUUCUCAUCCCUUGGACUCAUCCGGGACACUUGCACCGAGAAAGAAACAGGGACCAAAUAGGCCGCAAUCUGCUUUCACGUCAUUUACCAAGCGAUAUCAGCAGUUUGUUGAACCUACAAGACCUGCAUCUGUGAAGCCUGCUGGGAAGACCGUUAGUCAACAGUUCUCCAGCUUCAAUAACAGGGCUGGUUCAGAGGAGGAGCUCUUCUCCAACAGUCCACGGCCAGCCCGACCUGCCUCUGUUCCAGCUCCCGAGUUGAGGGAGCGCGCGGACUCUGGGACGCACUCGGCCGGUCCUGGAAAGAGCUUGAAGUCGCUUAGCAAUCCCCUCAAAGGGAAACUCAUGGCCCGGCCCAGGACUCGCCCCAAAAUUGAAUAUGAAGAAUUGGCUCAGGACCACGAGCGACUCCAAAAACAAGUGUCUUCCCUGAAAUCAGAGCUCGAUAAAAUGCAAGGCUUGUAUUUGUACUGCGGCAGGAAAAUGGAUUCGUACAUUGAUCUUCUUCAAGACGAACUUACGAAAGACGAAGAUUGUGUUCGAGAUAUCGUUUAUCUGUGUUUAGCCGGCUUAAAACAGGUUCGGGAUUUAUUGAAAGGAACUUUGGCAUUUCGAGGAUCAACAAUUGAGACAGAGUGUGAUUUUAUGGAGAUUGAUAACAACAUUGCUUCUCGGCUGCAAAUUCCGCCACAGAAUCAACAGAAACACAGUGAAAUUCCUGAGAACCUCCCUGUUCCAAUGAUGGCCAACUUUGGACACUUUGAGAACUCAGAUGAAACUGAAAGCAGCUUUAUGUCUGCUGGUGUUAAGCAAGGAAAUAUUCAGGAAUCUGAGCAUUCCAGCGAGGCAGACAAGGAAAGCAACGGAAAGGAGUUUUCAAUGGCCUCGGCUGAGAUGGAAAGCAUUCAACAGCAGCUGAGAGGGUUAGAAAAUUUAAACGUGGAGAUUUUCGCGGGAAAAUAUGAUGGAAAGGCAGAAAACCUGAAGGAAAAUUUUGCUGCUCUUGAAGAUGGGGAAAAUGUUGGUGCAGGAGAUCUGGUGUUAAGAUUUGGCGAAGAAACUGGAACCUUGGAGUCGACUCAAUCUACUCGUCUGCUUCAAGGAGAGGAUAAAGUCGGUGAUACAACGGCAGAAAGACAUGUUGACAAUUCCGAUCUGCCAUCUCAUGAUAAGUUAAAAAGAGAGAAUGAGAGAAGCGAGGGCGACAAAGAUGAGUUAAAAGCAAAUAAUUUUCAAGGAAUGGAUGGUAGCUUAACUACGUCAUGUGACACCGAUCAUCUGUGUAACGCAACUAGUCAACUUUCACUGCCCAUUUCUGACCCAUUGACCGAGCGAGAGAACAAUAACGACAAUUUUCUUUCAGGAGUGUUACGGGGCGAUCGUCUUGACAGGGAAUUCGUGUUUGUCAAUCGAGACGGCACAGCAGAGAGUGAGCUCAAGCCUAAAUGGCACCCUCUGGAAAACAGCGGUGAAUCUUAGCUUCCCUGAAAACAAUUUGAAUUGUAGAUGAAAUUAAGGAAAAUUUAGUUAUAAUUUUAUAUUUACCUUAGUUUUUUCAUAGUUUUAUUGAAUUAAAUUUUUGUUUUAAAUCGCCUUGCCAUAAAAAGCGUCAAAUUUGUAGAUUGUCCGCUACGCAGCUGUCACUCAGUGACACUGCCUUAGUGUCACGCAACGUACCGGUAUUUGAGGAUGUGUCGUCGCGUGACAUUCAAUAAAUUGGCAGCAAAGUUGAUCAGAUUAUAGGAGAUUAGUAAAUUUUAUCACAAUUUGUCACGUGAACAGCGACAAAGGGAAAAGUGCAGCUUAUCGAAGAAUUCAAUUCCAUCAUUAACUGGUGACUCGAGUGCUUCGAGGCAAAAAUUUUUAAAAACCCGGGGACGUUUUCUUUACAGUUGGGACACGGAUUGCUUUGUAAGCUACCGUGCAGGACAGAAAAUAUAAAACUAUCCUAAUAUUUACCAUUACAAAUGUUCAGCUGUCCUUUCAGAAGUCAUGUCGUAAUAGCGGUCAAUUCGACUGAUCACAGGUCUGAUGAUGUUUGAUGUUAAUUUCCGGAAAUCCAAUUUCUCCUGCAUGGUUGUGGUUGGCUCCAAUUGGACCAAUUACAUGAUCCAAAAAAUGUUUGAGGGUCAGAGGACCUUUGUCAUUGGAAAUGACAGUGUAAAGAGAUGUAAUAUCCAUAGUGAAAAGAAGUUUUUCUUGGCUAGGGAAAUAAAAAUUUUA